CCGCUUUGCUGCGGGACGAUCAGGCACGCGAGCAAAGAUGGCCAAGGCGAAACAGAAGAAAAACAAAGGUGCAGCUCCGGAGAAAGUGGAAUCGAAGCCUCAGAGUCCUAAGAUCCGUCCUCUUUCAUCAGCGCUGGUACCAAGAACGAAAACACACAAGCCCAGACCACUUUCAGUGGCAUCGCCUCCAGCUCGAGUCAUCGUUCAUCUCAUGCGCCACGCGGAGGCCCAAAAGAAGACUGACAUCUUCGGUCCCAAGCUCAGGGACCCGUCUCUUUCUGACGUUGGAAGAGCUCAAUGCUCGACCUUCGUUGAGGAGUUCAAGGAUCACCAGAGUCAUGUAACGCAUAUUCUCUGCUCUCCAAUGAAGCGAGCAAUCAAUACUGCUGUUGUUGCUUUCCCAGACGUGGUGGGAAAAAGUCUCACAGUGUAUGCUAUGCCUGAGCUUCAGAGCCUCGACAGAGGUCCUGGAGGCAUAGGGGCAAGCUUCUCGAGGCUGUCAAAGAAAUACCGUGUUAAGGAAGGGGAGAUGCCGAAAGUUGAUGUGACCACAUUUGGUCGUAAAGGGUGGAACGACAAAGAAUAUGGGGCUUGGAGUCCAUCCGAAGCUCAUCGAAGAGUUGACUUCAUCAAGGGCUUCUUGAGGGGUCUUCUUGCUGCUGCCACAAGCAAGAUCAUUGAAGUUGUUAUCAUCACUCAUCGUAGCUUCUUGAAACAGUUAUGCAGAAGUGCUAAGACCGGCUUCAUGGUUUUUAGCACAUGCGCGCUGUUUCAGGAUGGCGAGCUCAGGCCAAUUGGAGAUCGUGAAUUGAAGAAACUGAGGGAUGGCGAGUCGUUGAGUUUGGAAGUUCCUGAUGAAGGUCCCAAAGAGGAGAAUGGGUAGCAAGGCAGAUUAAGAGACUAAGCGGAUCGGAUGCGUUCCUGUUUUCUUUCGCACUUUCAUUUUACAGUGCUGGUAUAUACAUAGGACAGUAGCCAUGUGGCUCAGCUGGAGUUCAGGACGCGGCACCACAGCACCACUUCGGAAUGAAGCCUGGGAUUUAGGGACGGAAAGACAUAGUCACUGAUGGCAGGAUGUAGACGAGCGAACUUAUGAUAGGCUUGUUAGUAG